CGUCCCCAACCCAUAAUUAAAAAAAAAAAAAGCAUGCAACAUGGAACCACAAUAAGAGUACCCUUCUUUACGUUAAUUCUCUUUAAAGCAAGUCUUCUCUCUACAACUUCUAUUUUACCAAAUCAUCUCACUUUAUCUCUCAAAAAAAGAAGAAGGUAAACAACUAAACAUGUCCAAGACAAAGACGACCCUUCUCUGUUUCCUUCUCACCGCCGUCAUCCUAAUGAAUCCAUCUUCCUCCGCCCCCACGGACAAUUACAUAUACGCCGUUUGCUCUCCGGCUAAGUUCUCCCCUGGCUCCGGCUACGAGACAAACCUAAACUCUCUCCUCUCUUCCUUUGUCAGCUCCACCGUCCAAAUCCGCUAUGCCAACUUCACCGUUCCUAACAAAAAGCCCGAACCGGGGGUUACCGUAUACGGUGUUUUCCAGUGCCGGGGCGACCUCGACCCAACCGCCUGCUCGACGUGCGUAUCACGCGCCAACGCACAGGUCGGAACCUUAUGUUCCAACUCGUACUCCGGGUUCUUGAUGAUGGACAGCUGUCUGGUCCAGUACGACAACAGUUCGUUCUUUGGGGUGCAAGACAAAACGUUGAGGCUCAACAAAUGUGGGCAGGCGAUGGAAUUCAACGACCAGGAUGGGUUGACCAGAAUUAGUGACGUCAUCGGUUCUUUAGGUUCCGGAAGCGAGCCCUACAGGACCAGUGGGAACGGGAAUGUUCAGGGGGUGGCUCAGUGCAUGGGGGAUCUAAGUACAGCACAGUGUCAGGAUUGCUUGUCUGAUGCAAUCGGACGGCUCAAAUCUGAUUGUGGGAUGGCUCAGGGAGGAUACGUUUACUUGUCCAAGUGUUACGCGCGUUUCAGUGUCGCUGGCGGUCACGCGCGUCAGAACCCAAACUAUGAAGGAGAGAAGAAGGACAGUAAGGAUGAUAACGGAGUUGGGAAAACAUUGGCGAUAAUAAUAGGAAUCGUCACCUUAAUCAUUUUGCUCGUUGUGUUUCUCGCUUUUCUUGGAAAGCAAUGUAGAAAAUUACAAGAUGAGAAAUGGUGUAAAUGAAAAGACAAAGUGGGAAAGAGAUCACCCAACGACUCGAGUCGAGCAACUGCUAGCUAGUUGUAUUUUUGUAAUUUUUUUUUUGUUCUCACUCAUAAGAUGUACGUAGUUAUAGUAAGUAAAUUAAUAUUUAUAUGAUUGUCUUUUCGAAUCGGUUUAUGUAUAAUUGUCGGACUUAUAUAAGCCAAAGCGAUAUAUUCUUCUUUCAUGUGAAUGAAAACAUUCGAUUCUGUA